UCCUGACCUCGUGAUCCACCCGCAUCAGCCGUCCAAAGUGCUGGGAUUGUAGGCGUGAGCCACCGCCUGACCUCUGUUCUCGCUUUUAACUGUCAGUAUAGGGGCCACAUUUAAGACUGUCCUUCCGUAUUACAGCUUAAUCAGUGAGGAACAUCAUGCAAAUCAAAAUAGAAAGGAAAAAUUAAAGUAAACACCAGUCAAACAUUUUUUAAAAUUCUGAAAUAAUGUAAAUUUUAAAUAUACUGUAAAUCCUUUUAUAAGACAAUACAGACUCAUUUUCCUAAUCAUGCCCUUAAUGAAAAUAAUAAGCAAGUGCCAGUCUUCCUUAAAAUAUGGCAAUAUGAACUAGAAAACUCAUUGGGCCCUUCUUUAGGCUUUGUAAACAUGUUACAAAAGCAGUCAGUCAUUUGGCUUGGUCUGCAGAAUGUCAGACAAUCCAUAAGUUUUUUUUUCCCUGUACUUGGAUAAAACAUAUUUUUGACUGAAUUGACUAUUUAGGUUUCUUGUAGACACAGUCUUAGUAAAGAAAACUUUAAAAAUUGCUUUUGGAGAAGAAAAUUGUAGCUAGUUAUAUCUUAUAAAACCAUUCUUGUGUUCAUUUUCUUGAGGAAAUUGCUAUAAGUGUAUCUUCUAGGCCAAUAUGUAAGAGACCUUUUUAUGAUUAAAUAAAAGCUCAGAGAUUUUUGGUAUCAGAGUUGUUUUAUUGACUUGCCUUAGCUCUAAAAAUAAAAUGAAAACCUUUAGCCAAAGGAAGGCUCAUGUGUUAGUUAAAUACUGACAUGAUUUGAACUUAUUUUAUUUACUUAUAUUAUGUCCGAUUCCUAUGUAUGUCCAAUCUUUGGAGACACAAAGAACCAUUAUUGUGUUAGAAGAUUCUUUGGUUUUGUAAUACAUAUUUUUAUAUCUAAAGUCCUGUUUAAAGAUAAUUACAUGGUUCUAUAGAAAAAGAGCUAUUAAUCUUUGUGUUUACAUAAGUUUGCAAUACUUGAUUAAUUUUAAGCCUCUAAAAUAUGAGUGACAUCAUUUGUCCUGUGAGAUAGUAGAUUUGUUUUAGUAACAAAUCUUUCAGAUCAAUUUGUAAAUGAGAAAGAAAUAAAUGUGAGUAAACAUUUGUUCUAUCUUGGUUUUUGUUUAAGCUAAAAUAAUUAGAAUUCAGCCGGGCAAAAAGAAGUUAAAUUUGAAAUCUAAUUCUUGUCAAGAAAUUUUGCAUGCAGCUAUUCAACCUAUUGUUUUAGAAUUGCUGUGGUGAGAAAGUAGAACAUUACUUUGGCAAAUGCAGGGCUUGGUAGACUGGAGAGCAAAAAUGAAACUUCUCAGUGAGUAAUAGAAAAAAUUCCUGUGCUUUAUGACUAUAGCUACCGAGUACUUCUAAGGCAACUGAUAAAUCAGAAGGCUGGAGCGAGAAAGUACUCAGAAGUCUAUGACAAUGUCAGUGAUACAAUAAUGACUUAUUGAAAAAUUGAUGAAAAUUAAAGGAAAUGCUUUCUGAGCAAAGCUAAGAAAAGAAUAGCUGUUUUUAGAUCUCCCAAAAUCUAUCUUAAAAUGAAAAUUUUAAUAUUUAAAGAUUCUGUUGAAAAUUCGUGAAUAUAUAUAUAUUUGUAAACCUUGAAGGAUAUGGUAAGUAUGCUUUUAGGAGUACAGUUUAUCAUGAAGGAACUCAACUGCAGUUAAAUAAAACUGUACGUUACAAAUGCUUCUUACAGUUUCUUAUAAAAAGUACCAUAAAGUCAGUAUUCUUAAUGUAUGCAAAAAAUGAUGUUUUACACAUCUGACAUGGGACUUCUCCACACCUGCAGAGAGAAAGCACUAUUUUUCCCAAACAGAAAGCCUAUUAUUUGCAGAUCUACUCCACUGCUCUGAGUCAUUGAUGGUUAUAGGUUUUAUACUUAACCUGAAAUGCAAAACGUUUUCUUCUAGGUCUGAAGUUAAAUCAUUUUGCAAAGUGAUACGGCUACAUUCUGAAUUUUCUUUGUCUUGCUACAUAUUCUUGAAAAACCAGGUUAAGUGUUUAUUAGAGGGGUGUGUGUGUGUGUGUGUGUGUGUGUGUGUGUGUGUGUGUGUGUUUUGAGUGGCAUCAGUUGCAUUCUUUUCUUCCUCUGCCUGUCUGGAGGGCACUUUUAAUGUACCUGUCCCCAUACUCUCCAUUAUAAGUUUUAAUCACAAUAGAAAUUUUUUUUCCACCACUUUGAUGAAAGGUCAUAUUUAUUGGGCUGACUUAUCUAUUAUUAAAUUCUAUUUAAUAAUCUUAUAAUACACUGUACACAUUACCUGGGGUAAAUGUAAGUACAGCAUUUAGGAUUUUAAAAUCUAUUCACAAAUGAGAUUGACCUCUAAAUCCCCCUUUUGGGGAACACUGACCAUGGUCAGAUUUUGGUUAUUCUAAGUGAAUAAAAUGAAGUGGGUGGCUUUGUAUGCUCUGAAACCAUUUAUAUGAGAAUCGUCUGUUCAAUAAAAGUAGGAGAGGACUCUGCUAUGAAACUUCCUGAGUGAAAUGAUAAGUGGCAUGAAGAAAAGUAAAGCAAGGUAAGGGGCGGAGAGCAUGGGCUUGUUGUUUUAGAUGAUGUGGUUAGGAAAGCCUUUCAACUGAGCAGAAGGCACAGUGAAGCACGGGAGCAAACUGUGUGAAUGUUUGAGGGAAAAGCAUCCCAGGCAGAGGAAGCAGAAGGACAAAGCCUUGAGAAGGGAGUAUACUUGGCAUAUUAGGGGAGCAGCAAGAGGCUACUGUAUCUGAGAGAGAGGAGAUAUGAAAACUGAGAGGUAGUGAAGAGUCCAUUUAUUUGGGACCUUAUAGACAAAAUUCAAGAAAAUUUGUCAUUUCUGUUUCUUAAUCUUGCUCUUUAAUUAUGUUUUUCUAUCUUUUAGAUUUGACUGCACACUUAGUAUAUUUUUAUCCUUUCUCCUCUGAUUUUAAUAAAGGUUUAAGAGUAUAAAUUUUCUUGUAAGUGCAGCUUUGCCUGCAUUCUAUUAAGCUUAAUGGCCAUAAGUCACAUGGCUACCCCAAUCUGAAAGAGAAGCCCGGAAAUGUAGGAUGUUAAUGAGCAUAUUGCUGCCCCAAAGAAAAUCAGAAUUUUGUUUGUAAGAAAGAAUGGGAGGACAACUUUUAGGUAAACUACUAGCAGUAUCUUUUAUAAAAUCCUAUGGGCCUGGCAGAUUUUCCUGCCAAUCACAAUAGAUAAGGAUUGGAUAAAAGUCAGCACAGCUUUCUGAUUAGAAAACCAACUAUUUCUUUAAUGAAAUAAAUAUAUUUAAUUUCCUAUUCUAGUCAAGUUUAUUCCAGUUCAAAGGAUAACGGUAUAUUGCAUAUAUCCCCAGCUUUAUCAAUCUAUGACUACAAAAUCUACUUUUAAAGACUAUUUGAAAUGGUAUAGCAUAAAACUAUAAUAAUGUGCUCCCAAUUACUUCUGGAAGUUUCUCAAGGUAAUCCUUUAUAUGUACCUCAGAGUGUAUUUUUCUUCCUCCUCAAAUGAGAUCUUUCCAACUUGCCACUAUGCAGCUGCCAAUGGUCCUAGUUAAGUAAAAUGCUGCCAUACUUAUUUUAGGCUCAGGGAAAAGUAGCACCCACUCAUUUUUAUUUUUGCUCAAUAUAAAAAUGAGGAUACUUAUGAGGAUACUUAAACUUUUAGAAUUAGCUAGUUUUAUAAAAAGUGAAUUAUUCACUCCUUUGUAAAGUAUGUAAUAGGAAUUUGCUCUAAUAAUAAAUAGAUUAAGGUUUAAAAUUUGAAACCAUAGUAAUGUAUGUUUAACACCAAUGUAUUAAACCUUUUAAAAAACCAAAACCGACAUUAGAAAUACAUUUCAUACUGUGAUCAAGUACACAUGCACACACACACUCUAUACAUACAUAUCUGUCUAAUUAAAAGUUUCACAGAAAUUUCCAAGGAGGUAUGCUAAAUAUUCUAUUAUCUAUUUGAUUCUACUUUAUUUUUAAAAAGUGAUAUCAACCCACAGAAUGGAUUUCAUAGCCCACUACUGCAGUUUGAUAAGAUGCUGUUUUAGACCAUGCUUUUCAGCAGUUUUGUGGUCCUAUUUUGUCCUUUUCAUGUCUAUACAGGAUGCUUCUAGUGCUAGUUGCUAGCUUUUCUCUGAUUUCCAGGAUGGUGAUAGGAUAAGAAUUUAUCUAAAUGGUGAUUUCUUUUCUUUCUGCAGCUCUCACGUGUGAAUAUGUGUCUAGUGCAUCCUUAACUUAAGGACUUCACCAGUUCGAAGUUACAGUUUUCACCAUCAACUACCUUAUCCUUUCUGUUCUGGUUUUCUUCCUCAAACAGUGGAAGGAUUUUUAAAGUUGCUUUUGUUGCAGAGUUAAACAAAUGGCUGAUAGUGACUUAUAUAAAAAAUCCAUAGAAUGCCCUUACUGUUCAUCUGCUUCUCAGAAAGAUGUACUUUGUGUGUGUUCCAGCAAAACAAGGGUUCCUCCAGUUUUAGUGGUGGAAAUGUCACAGACGUCAAGCAUUGGUAGUGCAGAGUCUUUAAUUUCACUGGAGAGAAAAAAAGAAAAAAGUAUCAACAGAGACAUAACCUCUGGAAAAGAUUUGCCCUCAAGAACCUCAAAUGUAGAGAGAAAAGCAUCUCAACAACAGUGGGGUCGGGGCAACUUUAUAGAAGGGAAAGUUCCUCACAUAAGGAUUGAGAAUGGAGCUGCUAUUGAGGAAAUCUAUACCUUUGGAAGAAUAUUGGGAAAAGGGAGCUUUGGAAUGGUCAUUGAAGCGACAGACAAGGAAACAGAAACGAAGUGGGCAAUUAAAAAAGUGAACAAAGAAAAGGCUGGAAGCUCUGCUGUGAAGUUACUUGAACGAGAGGUGAACAUUCUGAAAAGUGUAAAACAUGAACACAUCAUACAUCUGGAACAAGUAUUUGAAACGCCAAAGAAAAUGUACCUUGUGAUGGAGCUUUGUGAGGAUGGAGAACUCAAAGAAAUUCUGGAUAGGAAAGGGCAUUUCUCAGAGAAUGAGACAAGGUGGAUCAUUCAAAGUCUCGCAUCAGCUAUAGCAUAUCUUCACAAUAAUGAUAUUGUACAUAGAGAUCUGAAACUGGAAAAUAUAAUGGUUAAAAGCAGCCUUACUGAUGAUAACAAUGAAAUAAACUUAAACAUAAAGGUGACUGAUUUUGGCUUAGCGGUGAAGAAGCAAAGUAGGAGUGAAGCCAUGCUGCAGGCCACAUGUGGGACUCCUAUCUAUAUGGCCCCUGAAGUUAUCAAUGCCCACGACUAUAGCCAGCAGUGUGACAUUUGGAGCAUAGGUGUCAUAAUGUACAUGUUAUUUUGUGGAGAACCACCCUUUUUGGCAAGCUCAGAAGAGAAGCUUUUUGAAUUAAUAAGAAAAGGAGAACUACAUUUUGAAAAUCCAGUCUGGAAUUCCAUAAGUGAUUGUGCUAAAAGUGUUUUGAAACAACUUAUGAAAGUAGAUCCUGCUCACAGAAUCACAGCUAAGGAACUACUAGAUAACCAGUGGUUAACAGGCAAUAAACUUUCUUCCGUGAGACCAACCAAUGUAUUAGAGAUGAUGAAAGAAUGGAAAAAUAACCCAGAAAGUGAUGAGGAAAACACAACAGAAGAGAAGAGUAAUCCGUCCACUGAAGAAAAGUUGAAAAGUUACCAACUCUGGGGAAAUGUCCGUGAUGCCAAUUACACUACAGAUGACGAGGAGGAAAAACAGUCUACUGCUUAUGAAAAGCAAUUUCCUGCGACCAGUAAGGACAACUACGACACAUGCAGUUCAAGUUUCACAUCUAACAAACUCCUUCCAGCUGAAAUCAAGGGAGAAAUGGAGAAAACCCCUGUGACUCCAAGCCAAGGAACAGCAACCAAGUAUCCUGCUAAAUCCAGGGCCCUGUCCAGAACCAAAAAGAAACUCUAAGGUUCCUCCAGUACUGGACGGUACAAAAACAAAGCUGCUGUUGUUAGCACUUUGAUGAGGGGGUAGGAGGGGAAGAGGACAGCCCUAUGCUGAGCUUGUAGCCUUUUAGCUCCGCAGAGCCCCGCCAUGUGUUUGUACCAGCUUAAAAUUGAAGCUACUUAUCUCCAAAGCAGCAUAAGCUGCACGUGGCAUUAAAGGACAGCCACCAGUACGCUUGGCUGUGGGCUGCAGGGAAAAUCAACUCAAGAUGUACACGAAAGUUUUUUAGGGGGGCAGAUACCCGCAAUUCAAGGCCGUGAGCACACUUGCUCAUUUUUACUUCAAAUUCUUAUGUUUAGGUACAGCUAUUUAUAGGGGAAAACAAGAGGCCAAAUAUGGUAGUGGAGAUUCCAAAUGAUACGUGCACUUUGUACUAGAAGACUUUGUUAGAAAAUUACUAAUAAACUUGCCAUAGGUAUUACAGCAGAAGUGCUUCAUUCACAUGUGUUUGUGAGAUUUUAGGUUGCUAUAGAUUGUUUAAGACAACUUAUUUUAAACGUAGAAAGAUAGGAGAUUUUGUAACUGCUUGCCAUUAACUUGCUGCUAAAUUCUCAAUGUAUUGAUUAAAUCAAUAAAAAACAGAUGUUACUCAGCA